AUGGGGAGAGGGAAAAUAGUGAUAAGGAGGAUCGAUAACUCGACGAGCAGACAAGUGACGUUUUCGAAGCGAAGGAACGGAUUGUUGAAGAAAGCGAAGGAGCUCGCGAUCUUGUGCGAUGCUGAAGUCGGAGUAAUGAUCUUCUCCAGCACUGGAAAGCUCUACGAUUUUGCUAGCACCAGCAUGAGAUCAGUAAUUGAGCGAUACAACAAAACAAAGGAGGAACAUCAGCAACUGGGGAACCCAACCUCUGAAGUCAAGUUCUGGCAAAGGGAGGCAGCAAUUCUGAGACAACAACUGCAAAACCUGCAAGAAAAUCACAGACAAAUGAUGGGUGAAGAGCUUUCUGGAUUGAGCGUAAAAGAUUUACAGAAUUUGGAGAGCCAAUUGGAAAUGAGUCUACGUGGUGUCCGUAUGAAGAAGGUUUGAAAUUCUUAUUUCCAUGUCAUUUUUUUUUAAGUUCAAAAUAGCAUGCAAACUAUAGCAACUCCAUGCUAGUAACAUUUUCUCCACUGCUGUAGGACCAAAUUUUAAUGGAUGAAAUUCAAGAAUUGAACAGAAAGGUGAACCCUGGAAACAAUAAAUUUAGCUCUUUAAUAUCACACUCUGCUUAAGUUCCUAAAUUUCAUUGUCUCAUUGCAGGGAAACCUCAUUCAUCAAGAAAAUGUGGAACUCUAUAAGAAGGUAAAUUUAAUUCGUCAAGAAAACAUGGAAUUGUAUAAGAAGGUAUAAAUUUGAAUGGCUCAUAUAAAUCUCAAUUUUCCUUGAAAGAUUAUAAGAUUCAACCAUCAAACCUUUGUUAGUUGUGAGAUGUUCUA